AUGUCUCGAAAUAGUAAUACAACAAGCUCAUCGGAUUCAAAUGUUUUAUAUAGUUUGAAUACAAAUUAUGAUUAUAGUGGCAGUGAUGGAAGUAAUUUGUCUGCUUAUGGCUCAGGAAGUAAUGAUGACAAUGAUGUGCAUUAUGAAAUGGAAAGCGAUUCAGAAGAAAAGACUGAUUAUGAUGAUGAUCAAGUCGAUCUUAAUUCAGAAGAAAUCAAUAUGGAUGUGGUAACAGAUAAUCACCAAAAUAUUCAAUGGUCAAAAAAAACAAAAUUUGAACCUGAUUUGCCUGUCUUUGGUGAAAAAUUUAUGUUAAAGGAUGAUAUUGAUUUGCCUAAAUCACCAUCACCAUAUGAUUUUUUUAACUUAUUUUUAACAUCAGACAUUGUUGAUUACAUUGUUCAACAAUCGAACUUAUAUUGCACACAACAAAAUUUCAAACAAGAACCCAUGAACAAUUUAGAUCUGUACCACUUAAUUGGUUUUUUAUUUUAUUCAUCAUUAUGCAAAUUACCUUGCAAAUCAGAUUAUUGGACGUCGACAUGUGGUUCUGAAAUAGUGAUGAAAAAUAUAACUAGAAAUCGAAUAGAUCAACUUUUAAGAUCAUUACAUUUUGGUAAUAAUAUUCUUCAAAACCAAUCUAGUGAUAAAAUACAACCUUUAAUUGAUUUGUUCAAUAACCGAUGUGGUUCGGUAGUAAAACAGGAACAAAAUAUAUCAAUUGACGAACAAAUGAUAGGAUACAAAGGAAAAUCGGCACCAAAAAGUUAUAAACAAUAUAUGCCAAAAAAACCGACAAAACGAGGUUUUAAACUUUGGUCAUUAUCUGGUGUUUCUGGAUACACGUAUCGUAUUAAAUUAUACCAAGGUGCUAAUGCAAAUAUGCCUGUAGCACAAAUGAAACUAUCAUCAUAUACAACAGCUUCAUCUGAACUUCAAACACGUUCAAAACAUCGAAAUGAUGAAGAUAAUGAAAAAUUAGCUAAACAAUCUGAAGAUAUAAAACGUUAUGGUCAAUCAGGAAUGGUAGUUAUCGAUUUAUUAGAUGAUAUACUAAAAGGUUCACAUAUUUUUACUGAUAAUUAUUUUGCUUCUUUAUCAUUAUUACAUGAAAUGACUUCACUUGGUUAUGGAUUAACUUGUACAUUAAGAUCAAAUCGUAUUAAAAAUUGUCCAAUUAAAUCAGAAAAAGCUAUGAGCAAAUAUCCACGAGGUUAUUAUGAUUAUUUGGUAUCCAAAGACAAAAAAAUUAUGAUAGUCGCCUGGCAGGAUAAAAAACGUGUUUUAAUGGGAUCAAAUUUUAUUGGUAUUGAACCACUUACACAAUUAUCAAGAUGGGACAAACAAAACCGUCAAAAGAUGGAUAUAGCAAAUAUAAUGCUACGGGAACCAAGAGCCAUUGAACGUCGAAUGUUAAAGGUAUUAGUUACAAAUCAAUCAUCAUCGGAAUCAGAUGAUGAUGAUAAUCUUGUUCGACAAAAAAGAAAAAGAGAAACUGCCUCGAAUAUUUCAAGUAUGGUUCGUUUUGACGGUUUAGAACAUUGGCCCCAAUAUCAACAAAGUUUACGCCUGCGAUGUAAAAAUAAAGGUUGUUCAAUGAAGACAAACGUAUAUUGUUCCAAAUGCCAAGUCCAUUUAUGUUUUUGUACAACACGUAAUUGUUUUAAAGAUUAUCAUUGUAAAAAUUAA